UUGCGCUUCUACGCAUGCGCGGGGGAGUUCAAAGAGGAAUCCUGGGCCACGGGCUUCCUUUUGCUGCUGCCGGGCGAGGUCCUCUGGGAGGAUGUCGGAAGCAGGGUCAGGCAGCGAUGCUGGAAACGCGAGCAAUCUCCGCCCGGGCCUCUCUGGGCCCCGCGGGCUGAUCGGGAGGAGAACUGCCACCCCUAUUACCCCCGGGAGACUCCCCUCCAUCCGCUCCCGAGACCUCACUCUUGGAGGAGUGAAGAAGAAAACUUUCACCCCCAACAUAAUUAGCAGGAAGAUCAAAGAAGAGCCAAAGGAGGAUGUCUCCAUCAAAAAAGAGAAGAAAGAGAGAGACCGGGAUCGGCAGCGUGAUGGCCAUGGGCGGGGCAGAGGCAGGCCGGAGGUCAUUCAGUCCCAUUCCAUCUUUGAGCAAGGCCCAGCGGAAAUGAUGAAGAAGAAAGCUGGCACCUGGGAUAAGACUGUGGACUUGUCAGACUUUGGUCCCUCCCACAUCAUCAACAUAAAGAAGGAGAAGAGGGAGACGGAUGAGGAGACCAAGCAGAUCCUGCGCAUGCUGGAGAAGGAUGAUUUCCUUGAUGAUCCCGGCUUGAAAAAUGACAUCCGGAACAAACCUGUCCAGCUGCCCCUGGCCAACUCAGGCUGGCUGUUCAAGGAGGACAAUGACGAGCAGGAGGACACCAAACCUUGGGGUGCCAGCACCAAGGAAGAGAAGAUGGAAGUGGAUGUGCCUGCUGUGAAAGUGAAAGAAGAGCCUCAGGAUGAGGAGGACUCCAAGGGGGCCUUACCCCCAGCCCUGCCAGCAAACACCAAGGCACCCCCCGGCUACCCCCAGGACGUGUCACUGGCUGAGCUGCUGCAGAGCCUGAGCCUGUCCAAGGAGGAUGAGCUGCUCUUCCUGCAGCUGCCGGACACACUGCCUGGGCAGCCACCCUCACAGGACACCAAGCCCAUCAAAACAGAGGUGCAGACUGAGGAUGGGCAGGUGAUGGUGGUGAAACAAGAGAAGAGCCAGGAGGCCAAACAGGCUGAGAACAUCUGCACCCUGGCAGACCUGCCCGAGGGACAGGUGGGGAAGCUGCUGAUCCGCAGAUCGGGGAAGGUGCAGCUGGUCCUAGGCCAAGUGACACUGGAUGUAACCAUGGGGACACCCUGCUCCUUCCUGCAGGAGCUGGUAUCUGUGGGCAUUGGAGACGGCAGGACUGGGGAGAUGAUUGUCCUAGGCCAUGUGAAGCACAAGCUGGUGUGCUCCCCGGACUUUGAGGCCCUGCUGGAGCACAAGCAUCGAUAGGAAGGGAGAAGGCAGCAUGGGAGGGGAGCUCUCCAAGGCAUGCUCCCUUCUCCACUCUAGGGGCUGUAAUUUGCUAAAGAUGCAUCACUCCUCUGGGCAGCAGUCAUCUUGGGUCAUAGAAAGCAGGUGUGUGCCACAUGGGGCUGCCCUGCCACAGCCAUCAGGAACUGGCAAGCCUUAGCCUACGUUCUCUGGCUGUGCUCACAGGGCUGGGGGAGACGGGCUUCUCCCUUCUAGCAGUAGCUACCCAUUCAUGUUAGACUGGGUAGAAGUGGUCCUGUCCCUGCUGGCAUGUGUGUACUUAUGCUGUAUAGAGAAGAACUGUUACCACCUUGUGUUGAACAAGCUGCAGACACACCAGCCUCUGUGUCCAUGACCCUAGCUUUAGAUUGCAACCCCAAAACCCAGUCAUCUUUGGGUGUGAUAGGUUCUCACACAGUCUUGUGGUACCAGUGACUCCCUUCCCUGCCGGGCCCUGAAGAUGAGCUGAUAGGAUCCCAUCCUUCCCAUCCCCUGCCUGCAGCCACUGCCAUGGAGCUAAGGGCCUGGGGUUCAAAGCAGCACAAGCUGCUUCCUUCAAGUUUCUGUGCAGUGCUCCCAAAACCUAGUGCUGAGAGACCUCAAACCAGACACUGGACUCCACUGACAGCAUGGUUCACCAUCUUUCCCUGCAGCUCUUUUGAGCGCAGAGGACUACAAAGGGAGCUGCAAAGCACCGUGCUGUCACCCUGAGACUGCUUCCCCUUGAAUGAGGAUUAAAAUAGGCUGGGUCUCAAGCCUAAAUCCUGCAAGCAGGCUCUGCAGAAGAACCCCAACCCCCCAAAUCUCUGAAGACCUUGGUGCAGUGCCUGGAGCUGCCUGGGUGCAGCAUUCCUAGGAGCACCCCAUGAAAGGACUUGCCGGUAACAUCACCAACCGCUGACCUUAGUGUUAGGAGGAGCUAAAUAGUGGGUAUGGCCUUGGUUCCACCUGGCCUCGGCCCCUUCCCCCUGCUGCAUGUGGCUCAAGGCUGUGAAGGAGCCAGAUGAUGCCUGCUGCACUGGGGGUAAAAGCGCCGGUCCUGCUGUACUUGGAGAAACCGCCUCUGCAGACUGCACCAGUCCUUGGUCUCGCCCUCGUGUGCCUAUGCAAUCAGAUGGAACCAGGCUCCUUGUGCCAUUGAAAUUACUUCCAUAGGCACUGCUCUUGGGAAGACCACGACAAGUGCACCCAGGCCCUGGCCUGGUCAUGCCCAAGAGAGGGCUGCAGUGCUGGCGGGCAGUGGCCAGGCGACUGGGUUCCCCCAGGAAACGUAAUGAAGGUUGUGUUAAGAAACAGAAGUGGAAUAAACGUUCCUCCUCCUC